AUGAUUUUACUAAAAGGCACCAUUAUUAUACUUCUCCUGACAUACACCCUAGCCGAAAAGCCUGCCAAAAAAGAACCUGACAAUAAAAACCAAAAAAGAAGCCUCCUUCUUGGUUUAGGAUUAUUGGCGCACAAACUUGAACAAAAGUUGUUACCGACACCUAAAUUAGAGCAUGGUUUAGAAAUUGCUGGUGGAGGUUUAGAAUUGGAAGGACAUCUUGGUGCUGGUCACCAAUUUGGAGGGCAUGAAGAGCUAAAUCUACAAAGUGGAGGUUACGGAGGACUAGAACAUGGUGGACUAGAACAUGGUGGACUAGAACAUGGUGGACUAGAACAUGGUGGACUAGAACAUGGUGGACUAGAACAUGGUGGACUAGAACAUGGUGGACUAGAACAUGUACCUCUUGAACAUAAAGAAGAAAAAACUGUAACACUUAUCAAAACCGUUCCUGAACCAUAUCCCGUCGAACAAGAAGUUAAAGUACCAGUCUACCAUGAAGUUAAGGUGCCAGUAGAAGUUCAAGUGCCGCAACCGUACCCGGUUUACAAAGAAGUCAAAGUCCCGUAUAAAGUGUACGUGCACGAAAAGGUACCAGUUCACAAGCCCGUGCCCAUUGAAAAAAUUGUCAAAGUUCCUGUCGAGGUUCCUGUAGACCAACCAUAUCCAGUCGAAGUUAAGGUGCCACAACCUUAUCCUGUAUAUAAAGAAGUAAAAGUCCCGUAUGAAGUUAAAGUAGCACAACCUUAUCCUGUUGAAAAGGAAAUUAGAGUACCGGUUAAAGUACCUGUGCCAGUGCUAAAACCAUAUCCUGUAGAGAAAAUUGUGCAUGUUCCUGUUAAGGUUCUCGUGGAUCGACCCGUUCCAGUUAAAGUAGAAAAACCUUAUCCAGUUCCAAUAGAAAAAGAAGUUAGAGUACCAGUACCCGUGGAAAAACCUUAUCCUGUUAAGGUUUACGUUGACAGACCAGUGCCAUAUAAGGUAGAAAAGGAAGUGAAAGUACCAGUGGAAGUUAAAGUACCACAACCCUACCCUGUGAUUAAGGAAGUUAAAGUACCAGUGAUCAAGGAAGUUCCAUAUGCAGUUAAAGUUGAAGUUGAAAGACCAGUUCCCUAUGAAGUGAUCAAGCACGUACCGCAUUACGUAGAGAAAAAGGUACCAUAUCCUGUGAAAGAACUGGUUCCUGUACAUUAUCACGAGAAGAAAAAACACAUCGUAAUUAAAUGUGAUGAAAAACACGAUCAUGAAGUGAUAGGUGAGAAGAAAGGUUUAGGUUUGAUUGAUUGGAAUAAUAAGUGGGACAAAUGACAUCAAACAGCAUCUCCUAAGGCAACAACUUCCAGAAAUCGAAAACCAUCUCCUGAGGCAACAACAGCCAGACAUCAAACACCAUCUCCUGAGGCAACAACAUCCAAACAACAUCCUCUAAGGCAACAAUAUCCAGACAUCAAACACCAUCUCCUCCUAAGGCAACAACUUCCAAACAUCGAGUGCCAUCUCCUAGACGCCCAACAGCAUCGACAUGUCCUGUUUCUGUAA